AUGGAUGAAUUUAAUUCGAUUAAAAUAAUAUUUCAACAACAACAACAACAACAAUUAAUAAAUUUACGACGUGCAGUAUUGUUUGCUGUAAUUUUAGCCGUAAUUGCAACAUUAAUUUGCAUAUUUUCAAUACCAUUAUUCUAUAAUUACUUGCAAUACAUGCAUUCAAGCAUGCAAAAUGAAAUUGAUUUUUGCAAGCAACGAAGUCAAAAUAUUUGGAAAGAAAUAUUAAAAACACAAAUUUUAGUUGGAGGUCAAAGACAUAAAAGAUUGGCUAGUUUUGUUGGUACCAUACCUAAUUAUUCGUAUUUGAAUCAACAAAUGUCAUCAACAAAGCAAAGUGUAUGCUGUGGAUGCGGUGUGUCACCAGUAGGACCUAGAGGUUUACCUGGUCCGGAUGGACAGAGCGGUCCGGACGGAUUACCCGGACAACCAGGCAGAAAUGGACUGAAUGCACCGCCGCCGAAACAACCAGAACGUAUUGUUUUCUGUUUUGAGUGUGAAAAAAGUGAACCUGGUCCUCCGGGAGAACCAGGUCGGAAAGGACUAGUUGGUAAGCCAGGUUUGCCAGGUCGUGAUGGAUAUCCAGGUUUACCUGGGCAACCUGGUAGACAAGGACCGAUGGGACCACCAGGUCCACCUGGUAAACCAGGUAGGAAUGGAGCAGAAGGACCACCCGGAAAUCCAGGUUGUGAUGGAGCUCCUGGUCUAGCUGGAGCAACAGGUGAACCAGGUAUUCGAGGACCGCAAGGAUCAAUCGGACAGUGUGACCAUUGUCCACUACCAAGAGUAGCUAUAGGAUAUUAA